AUGUCAGACGUUGAAGAAAUUGCUCAUGCUAUUGCUGGUGCUGGUGGAGGUGCGUUAUCUAUGGUGGUGACUUAUCCUUUGGUAACACUUUCCACCUUAGCUCAAACCACCAAAAAGUCCAAAGAAGCUAAAGAUGGUGAAUCAGAUGUUAAGAUCACUAAUGCCACAAAAGAAGCUUUUAAUAAGAUUAUUCAUGAGAAGGGAGUAUUGGGUUUGUACUCAGGAUUGGAAAGUGCUUUGUAUGGGAUCACUUUAACUAACUUCAUCUACUAUUACUUCUAUGAAUUGACUUCCAAUGUGUUUUUAAGAGCUAAUAGUACAGGUAAAAGGAAAGGUAAAGGACUUAGUACUUUACAGAGUAUAAUGACCGGUGCUAUAGCCGGGGCUGUCACUUGUGUGGGAUCCAAUCCUUUCUGGGUCGCUAAUACUAGAACCAUGACAGCACAAAAGGAAGGUAAAUCCACAAAUACUUUCAGAACUUUAUUGGAAAUUAUUGAAAAUGAUGGGAUUUUAACUUUAUUUGCCGGAGUUUUACCAGCUUUGGUGUUGGUGAUCAAUCCAAUAAUACAAUACACUAUUUUUGAACAAAUUAAGAAUUUGAUUGUAGCUAAAAAUGGUAAGAAAUCAUUCACAGCCGUUAAAGCUUUCUUCAUUGGAGCUUUCGGGAAAUUAAUAGCUACUUCCUUGACUUAUCCGUACAUUACUUUGAAAUCUCGUAUGCAUGUUAGAAAGAAACAAGAAGGUAAACAAUUAUCAAUGAUUGAAGAGAUCAAAAAGAUUAUUCAUGAAGAAGGUAUCGAUGGUUUAUAUGGUGGUUUGAAUGUCAAAUUGAUCCAAUCAAUUUCCACUGCUGCGUUCUUAUUUUACUUCAAAGAGGAAUUAUUGGUGGGUAGUGUUAAAUUAGUGGAAAUUAUGAGAUUAUUGAAAUUUAAGAAAACUGUUGUGUAG